ACAUAGUUCAGGCCUACGGCACGAACACUGAUGGGCAUAAAAUAGGAUAAGAGAGCUGGAUUUUUCGUGCUACAGGUAGUGGCUUUGCGCGACUUUCUUUCACUUUGGUUGUCAUUGUGAUCAAAAGUAGUGUCAAAAUUUUGGAAAUGUCAGACGACUACAAGCUCAGCCUAGCUAAGCAAUGUGACACUGACAGCAUCGCGGAGAUUUUGGACCGAAUCGGGUACAAUGUGCUUGCGGGGCCGUUGUUCCAUGUGCUUUCGCCUCUCAAUGUGCAAAUUUGGGUAUCUCUGCUUCCGCCCAAAGCCAGCCUAGGCUAUGCCAGCUGGGCCGUUGCCAAGCUGGAGGCUUGCCGUAUAGUACUUUAGACACCUCAAUUGUCACCACUCAGCACUGCGGGGGCCAUAUUUCUUCACUUGCUUCAUUAUUGUCACAGUUCCUCGCCUCAUGUCGCUUUUCCUUUGUGUCGAUUGUGGUGGUUCCAAGACGUCUGCUGUCAUCGCAGACAAAUCUGGCACGAUCCUCGGGCGCGCCCUAGGAGGCCCAUCUAACUUUGCAUACAUGUCUGCGGCUGCAUUUACAGAUGCUGUUCGUGUAGCAGUAUCUAAUGCACUAAAGACAUGCGUCUCUCCACCGUCUAUCAACCCCAUUUCCCUCCCUCCCAACACCGAGAUAUUUGCAUCCGCAUGGUUCGGCAUCUCCGGCGUUGAUUCCCUAGCUGCGGUCGCCAAUGCCUCAGCAGCGCUCUCCGCUCUCCUCGGAAUACCCCUUGGUCCACGGUUAGUCGUGGCCAACGAUACACAUCUUAUUGCUGCCCCACUUCGGCUUCAUCCCGAUAUCAAGCACGCUGUUGCUGCGAUAGGCGGCACAGGAUCUUGUGUCGUUUCGUUUCAGCACGAGCCCUCGGGCAUGCUCAGUGAGCUUGCACGAACUGGUGGGUGGGGGUGGAUUCUAGGCGACGAAGGUGGAGGAUUUCAUGUCGGCCGCGAGACGAUGCGUCAAAUGAUGUACGAUGCUGCGCGCUCGUCGCUAGGGAUGGAACCGUUACCCCAAAGUAGCCUCAAAGCGAAGGUGCUCGAAAGAUUUGGGAUCAAGGAGGUAGAGAACGCCCCAGAAGUCCUGCCUGUAGUGCACUUGCCCGAGCCGAGUACAGCAGAGGCGGCUGCCUCCAUGCCCUCGUACCUCCUCGAGGCGCGAGAGAAACGGUUAAGCCAGCUUGCUCCACUCGUUUUUGAGGCUGCAUUCAAAGACAAGGACCCCUUCGCGCUGAAUGUGUUGAAGGUCUGUGCUGAGGGACUUGCGGACCAGAUCGCAAUGCUCUCCCGUGAGCCUGGAGAGGAUCCGAGUUUGAAGCCAAGAGCAGUGGAAGCAAAGGAGACCGUGUUAUGUUUUGGAGGGAGCUUGGUUGGCAUCGCGGAUUAUAGGGCGUUGAUACAUGAGGCGUUGGCGGAGAAGGGGCAUGUCUUCAAAUAUGUUGAGUUCGUUGAUGAUGCUGCGGCGGUAGGAGCAGUCGGGUUGGCAUCUUUAGGGAUUGGGCUCAUUGAGAAGGACUGAGAGGAACUCCACAUAGGUAUUGCAUAGGUAGCAUGUUAAUGUUGAGGCAAUUUGCGCGAUUAAACCUGCCCUAAAUAUUCUCACGGUCCCGUAUAAAGACUACCUUGCGUUUUUUUACA